CGUUAGUUAAGCUUUAUAUUAUUUAAUAGUAAUUCUAGUUAAGAAAUUGAUGGAGAAGUUUACUGUUAUUAAUAAUUAAUUAAUAUGUAUUAAUGUUAUAUUUUAUUUAUAUAGUUUUGAAAAAAAAUUGAAAAUUUGUAACAAUAUAUAUAAAAUUAAUGAACGUAAUAAUAUAAACAAGUUAUUUACAAAAUGAAUUUCUUAACGCGUGCGAUUCUAUUUAAUAGACCUGUUAUGAAAAAGACGUUUGAUCCAAGUUAUAGAUUAAUACACGCAUAUCAACAAAAUGAAAGAUCAGAUUAUCCUAAAGUAUAUGAUAGGCCACCUAAGAAAGUAAAAUUAAGUCUGUUACAACAAGCAAAGAAAGGAUACUUCCAUUUAAUAGAAGAAUUAGCUUUAUUGAAGAAAGAAAUAAAAGAAAAAAGGAAAGACAAUCUCUUUCAUCCAUCAGAUGAAGUAGACAUUGUUUGGGAUUUUAAUGGCAAUCAAAAAUCUUUGGAUCCAUGGUUGAUUGUAUGCGAUAGUGAUUAUAACGAAGGUUAUUCAACUUGCAAACUAGAAUUAAGUCCAGAAGGCAAAGCUGUCUUUUCCGGUAAUUUAGAUUAUAGAAUUCCAAAAGAUGGUAAAAUAACCUAUGCAGGUUACUGUGCUCUUAAAACAGCAAAAUUCAGGAAAAGUUUUAAACGAGAAACACGUUUAGAUUGGCAGUUAUACAAUCAUCUUGUUAUGCGUGUAAGAGGGGAUGGUAGAACUUAUAUGAUUAAUAUUGGAACGAAAGGAUUAUAUGAUAUACAUUGGAAUGAUUUGUAUAAUUAUGUAAUUUAUACAAGAGGUGGUCCAUAUUGGCAAUAUGUGAAAAUACCAUUUUCAAAAUUCUUUUUGUCUAGUCAUGGAAGAAUACAAGACGAUCAAGAACCUAUAGCUUUAGAUAAUAUAUCAAGUUUUGGUGUUAUAGCUUCUGAUAAAAUUCCUGGUCCUUUUAAGCUGGAGAUAGAUUAUAUUGGCGUAGUAAAUGAUCCUUUUGAAUGGGAAGAGUUUGCUUACGAAAUGUAUAACGUAGAUGGUAUUUUGUUUUAAUAAGGUUAAAUUAAUCAAUUUACAUAGAUUAAUUAGUGUAGAUAUACAUAUACAAGUUUAUUAACUAAUAUGUUUCUCUGUAAAUAUUAUAGUAUUUGAAUAUCGAUAUGCAAAAUAGUAUAUGUAAAAAAUUGCAAUAAUAAAUUUGUACAUAAGAUU